CCCCCGCAGCCAGUCCCGGGUGCACUGCAGGGGCUGUCACAGGCCGGGACCACCCGCUGGAGGGGGAGCCGCCCGGGCUGCGGCUCCUGCGGGCGGCUCGAGGCCAGACUCAGGAUCCUACCCGGCGGGAGGGGCAGGUGCCAGCUGGCGGGCCGCGCCUGAGCCGCAGGAACCGAGGAACCGGGACCAGCCCGCCGAGGCGCACUGACCUGCCCACCCCCGGGGCCCUGUAUUAGCAGCCUCGGCGCUAACGCUUUCGGAGGCAACUCCCUGCAGGUGGGGCGCGCACCCCGGCACCAGGCUCCGGCGCCCCCCGCCGACCCUGCUCCCGGCCGCCGCUGCCCGUGGCCUCAGGAUGAAAGGGGAGACCCCGGUGAACAGCACCAUGAGCAUCGGGCAAGCCCGCAAGAUGGUGGAGCAGCUCAAGAUCGAGGCCAGCCUCUGCCGGAUCAAGGUGUCCAAGGCGGCCGCUGACCUCAUGUCCUACUGCGACGCCCACGCCUGCGAGGACCCGCUCAUCACCCCCGUGCCCACCUCGGAGAACCCCUUCCGGGAGAAGAAGUUCUUCUGCGCCCUCCUCUGAGCCCGCCCGCCGCCCCGCGCCCUCCGCCUCCGCCCCCCGCUCGGCCACCGGGAGGUGCCGCAGCGCCCGGCCCGCCCCGCCCGGUUUCCACGCCCACCGGCGCCCCGCCCCACCCUCCCCUGUGACCCGCCGACCACGGCGAGGGGCGGGCCGGGCCGGCUCCCGCCUCACCUGGGGCCGCGGGAGGGGGGCAUCUGAAUAAAGUCACCAGAGCCUCGGGUGCA